AUGUCUGGACGCGGCAAAGGAGGCAAAGUUAAGGGAAAGGCAAAGUCCCGCUCAAAUCGCGCCGGUCUUCAAUUUCCCGUUGGUCGAAUCCACCGUCUGCUGAGAAAGGGAAAUUACGCCGAACGUGUCGGUGCUGGAGCACCCGUCUAUUUGGCAGCUGUGAUGGAAUAUCUCGCUGCAGAAGUGUUGGAACUGGCAGGAAAUGCUGCUCGUGACAACAAAAAGACCAGAAUCAUCCCGCGUCAUCUGCAGCUGGCCAUUCGUAACGAUGAGGAGUUGAACAAACUACUCUCAGGAGUCACCAUUGCUCAGGGCGGUGUUCUGCCAAACAUCCAAGCCGUACUACUGCCCAAGAAGACCGAAAAGAAGGCCUAAAUCGAAAGCUGAACCAACCCUUGUACAAAACGUCCUUUUUAGGGCGACCACACAUUUGUUAUAAAGAAAAAAUUGAAAUUGUUUCAUAUCAA